CCCGGAAGUACUUAAAAAAAAGAAACGUCUUAAUGUUGGUGACGAGACGCUGGGUUGGGUGUCAAGGUAACAACGCGUUCUCACAAUUUAGUCGCACAGCGCUACGGUAACAAUGUGUGUUAAAAUGUAAUUAAUGAACUUCAAAAGGUGCAGGGACUCCUUAUCAGUUUGUAGACGUACAUAGAGCAGAUUAUUUAUAGAUGCCACGCCAGUGCGUAGUCGAACCACAAGAUAUGGCACAAGUCCUCGAUCCUGGGUCGAUUGUUGUAGCCGACUGGCACCGAAGUGCAGAUAGCAAGGAGUUCUUCAGCAGGAUUCUACACAAGAAAAAACGUAGAAACUUUGGUCUUCUGGAGGCUCUAGUGAUGCCCCCUAAUGUGUCUGUGGACACUGUUAACUACAAGAUCUUCAUAUCAGGAAAGAGUGGGGUGGGGAAGACUGCUCUUGCUGCACGUCUAGCUGGACUCAAUAUUCCCAACAUGCACUAUGAAACUACAGGUAUUGAGACCACAGUGGUGUAUUGGCCUGUGAAGUUGAGGGAGAGCGGUCGUGCUCUGUUUUUCCGCUUGCAGCUAUGGGACUGUGGAGAGAACGCCUUACGCCGAUUUGACCACUUGCUUCCGUCCUGUAAGGAGCAGGUGGAUGCCAUCCUCUUCCUCUUCUCCUUUACUGACCGAGCGUCCUUCGAUGAUCUGUCCAAUCAGAUCGCCAGAGGGUCUGAAUCUUGCGACAGAGUUGUGAAAUUGGUUGUUGGCACCAAAUUUGACCUGUUCAUGCAUACAGACGUGACGGAGAGAGAGGUGACUCGGUUCCAGGAGGUCUGGGGGUUGCCUGUGUUCCGUAUGGGGGGUGACGUAAGCAACGUCAGUAACCUGGGUGAGGUAGCCCCCCUACUGAACUGCCUGGCAGAGCACCUGUGGCACCAGGACUGUGUGGCUACCAGGUCUACUACCCUUCCAGUCGCCACACAGUCAGAGGCUGCUACUGUGGUACAUGUAUGAAAUCCAAUAGGUUGAGAGACAAUUUUUUCAUCUCCCACACCACUGUUGUGGUGCACUCAACAGAGAUGUCCUGGAUUACCUUCUCACAUAGGACUGUGGAGAAACAGAACCUGCAUCUGAGUUUAUUGGGUCUUUGAACAUGUUCAACUUUGUGAGGACAAGAAUUCAUCCAGGCCUGGAAAAUGAAACUUGAGGAAAAUGGUGAAUCGCAAUGUUGGGUUUUUUCUUUUUAGGAACCACUGCCACCUAUAGGUUAAACAGGGAGAAGAAGCAGGCUGUGUUUUUUAUCAAUCUGCAUUUACACAUUUUUCAAAGUUGGGAUCUUGGUAAACAGAAGGGAUACAAUUAGUAGCCAGUGUUGGAGUAGUGAACUACAUUUUGCAGUAGCUUGGUGGUAUUUGAACUAAAUUCAAAUCUAGGUAUUGUUUUCAGUAAAGAACUUUUGUUUUUGUCAUGUAGCAGUAUAGCUAACUACAGGAACUAUACGCAACUUUUUUUGCAAUAAUAAAAUAUGGGUGAAGUA